ACUGAACUGGAGCCUGUCCACAUUAAAGAGGAAGAGACUGAUCUGGAGCCUGUCCACAUGAAAGAAGAGACUGACUUGUUUAAGGAUUCAGAAAACAUAUCUCAGCCAAAGAUAUCACAUCAAUGUAGUGAAUGUGGGAAAUGCUUGAGUCAUUUAGGAAACCUAAGAAGACACCAGAGAAUUCACACCGGAGAGAAGCCGCAUCACUGCUCUGACUGUGGGAAGAGCUUCAGUCAGUCAGGACACCUAAAAUCACACCAGCGAACUCACACUGGAGACAAGCCGCAUCAUUGUUCUGACUGUGGGAAGAGCUUCAGUCAGUUAGGAGACCUAAAAGCACACCAGCAAAUUCACACUGGAGAGAAGCCGCAUCACUGCUCUGACUGUGGGAAGAGAUUCAGCCUGUUACGAGGCCUAAAAAGACACCAGCGAAUUCACACUGGAAAGAAGCCAUAUCAUUGCUCUGACUGUGGGGAGAGUUUCAGUCGGUUAGGAAGCCUAAAAAAACACCAGCGAAUUCACACUGGAGAGAAGCCUCAUCACUGCUUUGACUGUGGGAAGAGCUUUAGUCAGUUAGGAAGCCUAAAAACACACAAGAGAAUUCACACUGGAGAGAAGCCAUAUCACUGUUCUGACUGUGGAAAGAGCUUCAGUCGGCUAGGAAGCCUAAAACAACACCAGCAAACUCACCCUGGAGAGAAGCCGUAUCACUGCUCUAAAUGUGGGAAGAGUUUCAGUCUAUCAGGAAACCUAAAAAGACACCAGAGAAUUCACAGUGGAAAGAAGCUGUAUCACUGUACAAAAUGUGGCAAUACAUUUGCUUUCUCCGGUCGAGUGAAAAGGCAUAAAUGCCAGUUUUGAAAGUGCAGAUGAAACUGAUAGAAAUCAGUAUUCCAGGUACUAUUACAGUGGUCCUUGUUUUCCUUCCUUCCUUCCAGUCCAGGUCUUUGUUUCAGUCAGAUUGUAGAUUAAUGGAUCAACCUUAUAAAUCAUCCAGGACCUCAUUGGAAGUAAGGGCCACUGCUCUAUAGCAGUCAGAACUGAGUGUGGUGCUCCAGUGAUCAUUUCUUGAGAGGAAACCUGUCUUUGCCACCCUAAGGGGAUGUAACUAAGCUUUAGUAUAAAUGUGUGAGUGAGUGUGUGCCAAAGCAGCUGUGUAUUCUUUUAAAAACGUGAUUUCAUGACUUUCUGUGACCUUUAUGACCUUAUGAACUGUGUAUGUACAAUAACAUCAUGAAUAAGGGCCGUCAUAACAAAAUGAAUAGGCCUAAUUAUAUUGUUGAAAUGCGUAUGUGUGUGUG